AUGUUGUUACAUAGUGUCGCCAGAGCCCAGCUAGCGAACUAUCUGCGUAGUUGCACGAACCUGCGGAAAGUUACGCGUCCCGGCGCUGUUGGGGCUCCGACCGUCGACUGCUGCUCGUCUCCGGUCCAUUCUCAUUGCUUGCUGGCGGUCCCUUUGUCAGUUCAGUCCCUCUCAGGCUCUUCUUCGCAGCAACAGCAUCCGGUGACGAGUACCAUCGGCACUUCCACGCAAGUACGUGCCUGCUCGAGCCAAUCCACAGGACCACCGAAGAAGGGAAACAUGGAGGCACACUCGGCGGGAUCGUCGGCACCAAAAUUCACCAACCGAUUGAAACAGGAAAAAUCUCCGUACCUGCUGCAGCAUGCGCACAAUCCGGUCGAUUGGUACCCGUGGGGGGACGAAGCGAUUCAGCGGGCUCGGGCCGAAAAUAAGCUCAUCUUCCUGUCGGUCGGCUACAGCACCUGCCACUGGUGCCACGUGAUGGAACGAGAAUCAUUCGAGAACGAGGAUGUGGCACGCAUCAUGAACGAGCACUUUAUCAACGUGAAGGUGGACCGUGAGGAGCGGCCUGACAUUGACAAACUUUACAUGAUGUUCGUGCUGCUGAUUAACGGAUCUGGCGGGUGGCCGAUGAGCGUGUGGCUUACGCCCGAUCUAGCCCCCGUUACCGGUGGGACUUACUUUCCACCGAACGAUCGCUGGGGUAUGCCCGGCUUUACGACCGUGCUGACGAAGCUGGCGAACAAGUGGAGUACCGAUCGGGAGGAUCUCGUUACGACGGGUCGCUCCGUGAUCGAGGCCAUCCGUCGAAACGUUGAUCAGAAGCAUAGUAGCGGUGGCGAUGAAGAGCAAGCGGGAAGCAAGGCGAAUGAAACGCUCGAGGCAAAGUUUCGCCAAGCGGUCAACAUCUACCAACGGAACUACGAUCCCGUUUGGGGUGGUUCUCUCGGAGCCCCCAAGUUUCCCGAGGCAUCCAAGCUCAAUCUUCUCUUCCACCUGCACGUGCAGGAGCCAAAACAUAAGGUGCUGGGUGUGGUGUUGAAUACGCUCGAUAAAAUGGCCGCCGGAGGCAUUCAUGAUCACGUGUUUGGCGGGUUCGCUCGUUAUUCGGUCGAUAAGAAGUGGCACGUGCCUCACUUUGAGAAGAUGCUCUACGAUCAGGGACAGCUGCUGUCGCUGUACGUUAACGGCUACCGGUUGACACGCAAACCGCUCUAUCUAACGGUGGCAGAUGCGAUUUAUCGGUACCUAUGUAAAGACUUGCGCCAUUCGGAGGGUGGCUUUUACAGCGGCGAAGACGCGGAUUCCUUACCGACGAAGGAAAGCACGGAGAAGGUUGAAGGUGCGUUCUACGCGUGGACGUACUCCGAAGUGAAGGACACACUGGGGCGUGGAGCCGAGAAAUUCGGUGACUUGGGAAAGGUCAGCGCAAUUGAUGUGUAUGCUGAGCAUUACGAUAUCCAGGAGACGGGCAAUGUGGAACCGGCAAGCGAUCCACACGGCCAUCUGCUGGGCAAAAACAUCCCGAUUGUGUACGGAUCGGUAAAAGAAACGGCAGAAAAGUGCGAGACCACUCCGGAGAUCGUCGAGCGCGUUCUGCGUGUUGCCAACGGACUGCUGCACGAAGUUCGCGAACAGCGACCGAGGCCCCAUCUCGACACGAAGAUCAUUUGCGCGUGGAAUGGACUGGUGCUGUCUGGAUUGUCACAGCUCGCCUGUAUUAAGGAUGCGCCCGGACGGAGUGAGUAUUUGGCGACGGCCGAGAAGUUGGUAAAGUUUGUGCGCGCGAACCUGUACGAUGUACAGGCGCGCAAAUUGCUUCGAUCGUGCUACGGCGGUGACGAGGAAACACUGGCAUCAGAACGUCCUAUUUAUGGGUUCAUCGAUGACUAUGCGUUUCUCAUCAGGGGACUGAUCGACUACUAUGUGGCCUCUCUGGACGAGCACGCUUUGCACUGGGCGAAGGAACUGCAGGACAUACAGGAUGAACUGUUUUGGGACCAAAAACACGGUGCGUACUUCUAUUCUGAGGCCAACUCACCGAACGUGGCCGUGCGUCUAAAGGAAGAUCAUGAUGGAGCGGAACCGUGCGGUAAUAGUGUUGCGGCCCACAACCUGCUACUGCUCAGCGAUUACUUCGAAGAGGAGCGUCUCAAGGAGAAGGCCCGCACGCUGUUCGCGUACUUCUCACAGACCACCCCGUUUGGGUACGUUCUUCCCGAGAUGAUGUCGGCCGCGUUGCUCGAGGAACACGGUAAAACCACACUGAUUGUGGUGGGACCGGAGUCGCAGGAUGCAACUGUACUCGUCGAUGCCGUACGUCAGUUCCACAUCCCGGGCAUGAUCAUCGUACAGCUCAAGGUCGAUCAACCGGCACAUAUCGAGCGGCGCCGCAAAUCGCUCGACAACUUCAAGAUGGUCAAGAACAUGCCGACGGCGUACAUCUGCCACAACAAAGUGUGCCAUCUGCCAGUGACCGAAGCGGACCGGCUAACGGAGGAAUUUGAACCGCGGUACACGUUCGAUUACCUCGAGUACGAGAACUGAUUCUUCGAGGCCUAAGGUUUUUUUACCUCGAUCGUCCGAAGGAUCCGAAGGAAUUUCCGUGGAAUGACGAGUGUGGAAUGACUGGUGGCCGCUAGCAGCAGAUGGCAAAGCGAAAACAAACACAUGACGACGAACCUGAACACGAAAUGGCGAAGAGAAAAGCGAAUUUGUGAUGCAACGAGUUUAAUAUCAAAUAUCAGACGACGGUGAUAAUGCUUUAAAACAACGCCACAGUCAGCUUUGUUGCCGUUUUUAAAUGUGCUUAUCGAGGCCAUUUAGGAAGUGCUUCUUCUUUCUUCAUCAUUGAAAAGCAGCAUCAUUAUUUUCCGAUUGUUCCCGGCGACGCUUUAAACCUUCACCCAGCACAGCAGGAAUUGUUACCCAUAUUGUUAUUGCUUCUUUACUCCCGUUCCCUGCUGUUAUUAAUUUAUCAAUGCAAAGCUGGAAUAUCCACGGUUGAAGUUAUUGUUCCUUUUCUGCAUCAUAGGUUAACGACGAGUGAAUUUCGCUUCAAGCGGUUGGAGGCCGAUUAUCGAAUUCGAAAUCUCGAUAUAAAUGUACCGGUUUGUUAAUCGCUAUUUUUGCUAGAUAAAUCGAAUACAUACGUCUCUUCUGCGAAACAGUUUAUCAAAUAGCGCUUUAUCGAUCCGCAACAAGCUCAAGCAAUGGACCAUAGAGAACAAUGCACUAUCAGUAACUCAUUAACUAGAAAGCUACACACGUGAAGCAGCCUUCCUUUUUAGAAGCUACAACGUUUUUACCACGCAUAGGAAAUAGUGAUUAAACGAAGACGCGCAAUUUUAAUGUUUGUUAUAUUCCCUGUUGAUACAUCAGACCGUAGGACGCGAAAGGAACCACAAGGAACCAACUUUUCUAAAUAUGUCGGUCAUCCGCGGCACGGCAUUGCCAGUGCCCGAGAGACAGUAUGACGUUAUUCGAUUUUAUUAGAAUUAGAGCAUCUUUUACUCAAUCGAUUUUAUGCACACUAUCAGGCACCGUCGAGCCGGAAUGGGACGUCCAUUAACACUGACCGGGCCACAGUCGUGAGCCGAGAGGACGACUGCAAGAAGCAAAAGGAAAUCUAUGUGGCAAAUAGAAGUGUUUUAAUUCGAUAAGCGUGGUUGCGAGUGUUCUGUUUUUGAAAUCAAUGUUUUAACGACACGAAAAAGGCAUUGAACUAAAUUUUGUUCCGAGCAAGAAUGGUGAAGUUAACCGUGAACCUCGUCGUUUGUUUGGCGGUUAACAGGACGAGAUUUAUGGAUCCUCUCCGAAAUUCCGACGCAGAUCCGAUACUAUGCCCGAUGGGACACGCCGUGGACUCUUCGCAAUACCACAAACUGAUAUUCUAAAGACGAUAGGAAUCGACAGCACUAGGGGAGAUAUUCUGUAGAUCCGUUCUUUUCUCUCAACGAUAUUCUCAAAAUAAAAUUAUG